UUACAAACAAAAGGAGGACAGAAUAAGAAAUAAUGUCUUACAGCAACAGAGAACUGGUGAUGGACUUCAUAACGUAUAAACUGUCCCAGAGGAACUACAAUGGCCACUUUGGGCUUCCUGAAGACAGGGGUCGGACAGAGGGCUCGGGUCAGGCCGAUGGGCGCGAGGGGGUUAUGGUAACAGCAACUCAUGUCAAUGGGUCGGUCAUUGCUGGCGGCACCAGCAGCCAGGUGUCCCCAGUGCCUGAGCAGCCGCUCCAUUCCCCAUCGCCCUCUCCACAAGGCCUGGAGGCGGUGAAGGAGGCAUUGCGGGAUUCUGCCAACGAGUUUGAGCUACGCUACAGCCGCGCCUUCAGCGACCUCUCCUCCCAGCUUCACAUCACACCCGUCACGGCCUACCAGAGCUUUGAGAGUGUAAUGAACGAGGUGUUCCGCGAUGGAAUCAACUGGGGCCGCAUCGUGGGCCUCUUUGCCUUUGGCGGGGCCCUGUGCGUGGAGUGUGUGGAGAAGGAGAUGGGCCACCUGGUGGAUCGUAUUGCUGACUGGAUGACCGUUUACCUGGACAGCAACAUCCAGCCCUGGAUCCAGCGGCAGGGAGGAUGGGACCGUUUUGCUGAAAUCUUUGGGAAGGAUGCAGCAGCUGAGAGCAGGAGGUCCCAAGAGAACUUCAAAAAGUGGCUGUUAGCUGGGAUGACGCUCAUCACUGGAGUUGUUGUGGGCUCUCUCAUUGCACAGAAGCGCCUGUGAGAGACAGUCAGCACCACCACCCAGACACCCCAGCAAACGUGAAGGAACUUGCCAAGUAUUGUCCUGUUUACGUAUUUCUCCUGCAGCCUCGUACACUGAGGACUAACUCAAUGAUCAGAAUGCACAAGUUGAACUCAUCUGAGCAGUCGUCCAUCAGCAUCUUCGGAUGAGUUGGAGGUUUCCUAUAACUACAGUCCAUGUAAUUCAUAUAUACAUCAAUGCGAUCAAAUUAAAAGGAAAAAAAAAAUUUGGACCAAAUGAUUUCUUCCUUCCUUUCCCCUUUGCUCAGUUGAUGUUGGCCAUCUGACAUUUAAAGUUCAAUAUGUUUUGCCAUAUUCAAAGACUGGAAAACUAACCAAAACGAAAAAAUAAAAGUUGGUGGUGUUGGAGAUUUGGUUUCA